CGAGGCGGGGGCGACGUGGGCGCCGAGUGGCGUGAGCAGCGGGCUCCGCCAUGAACCCCAGGGGCCUGUUCCAGGACUUCAACCCAAGUAAGUUCCUCAUCUACGCCUGCCUUCUGGUCUUCUCGGUGUUGCUGCCCCUCCGCCUGGACAGCGUCAUCCAGUGGAGCUACUGGGCCGUGUUCGCCCCCAUAUGGCUGUGGAAACUCUUGGUCAUCGCGGGUGCCUCGGUGGGUGCGGGCGUUUGGGCUCGAAACCCUCGCUACCGCACUGAAGGAGAGGCCGGCGUGGAGUUCAAAGCCAUGCUCAUUGCCGUGGGCAUCCACCUGCUGCUGCUCAUGUUCGAAGUCCUGGUCUGUGACCGGGUGGAGAGGGGCAGCCACUUCUGGCUGCUGGUCUUUAUGCCACUGUUCUUCGUUUCCCCCGUGUCUGUAGCCGCUUGUGUCUGGGGCUUUCGACACGACAGGUCGCUAGAGCUGGAGAUCCUGUGCUCCGUUAACAUCCUGCAGUUCAUCUUCAUCGCCCUGAGGCUGGACAGGAUUAUCCACUGGCCGUGGCUGGUGGUGUUCGUGCCGCUGUGGAUCCUCAUGUCCUUCCUUUGCCUGGUUGUCCUCUAUUACAUCGUCUGGUCCCUCCUGUUUCUGAGGUCCCUGGAUGUGGUAGCAGAACAGCGAAGAACACACGUGACCAUGGCCAUCAGCUGGAUAACGAUUGUGGUGCCCCUGCUCACUUUUGAGGUCCUCCUGGUUCACAGAUUGGAUGGCCACAAUACAUUCUCUUACAUUUCCAUAUUUGUUCCCCUUUGGCUGUCAUUAGUAACCUUGAUGGCCACCACAUUUAGACGAAAAGGAGGCAAUCAUUGGUGGUUUGGCAUUCGCAGAGAUUUCUGUCAGUUUCUGCUUGAAAUUUUCCCAUUUUUACGAGAAUAUGGAAACAUUUCCUAUGAUCUCCAUCAUGAAGACAGUGAAGAUGCUGAGGAAACAUCUGGCCCAGAAGCUCCAAAAAUCCCUCCAAUGUUUGGAAAGAAGGCCAGGGUAGUUAUAACGCAGAGCCCUGGGAAAUAUGUUCCCCCACCUCCCAAGUUAAACAUUGAUAUGCCAGACUGAGCUGCCCUUCAGUGCGGUGAAAACCAUGUAUGCACACCGACUCCACCUUGCUUUUGCCACUUUAUCCAUCCCAGAUCUGGAACCACAAGCAGGCUCCAAACACCAUUUCACACCUUGAGAUGGAUACCAAUUAGUGACUUAGUGUUGUGUACUGUAGCUAGUAGAGGUUAUUUUAGUCUGUGGUUUUGUGUGAGUGUGAGUGUGAGUGUGUGUUUGUGUGUGUGUGUGUGUGUGUGUGUGAUGUGUAUAUGUAUGAGAGAACUUGCUUCCCAAAUUGGUGUGUAAGAGCCAGGGACAGUAAGUGGAAUUGUUGUAGGUCCUCAAAAGGAGUAACUACACAGCUGUUUUUUUUUUUUUUAAGGUUUACUAUAUCUAUUAAAAGUAUUGUUUAAAAAAGUAUUUUUAUACCCUGCUAGUCUAAAAUUGUAUUUCAGAUUGUUCCUGUUGUGACAUAUUAGCAAAUGUACAGAAUCUCUUUCCUGUCACUGGUUUAGAAGCUUCAUCGUUAUUUCUAGUGUUCCUGCUGUUAAAAUAGUUUUUCUUGGGCUGGGGAUUUAGCUCAGUGGUUGCUACCGCCUGCCUUGCAAGCACAAGGUCCCGAAUUCGAGCCCUGGUACCAAAAAAAAAAGAAUUAAAAAUGUUUUUCAUUGGGCAUUGCUUUGGGCAUUAACUGUCUUUAAUAUUCUAAUAGAUGAAUUUUUCUAAUGGAGUGAAUCUGCAUAUAUUUAUAUGAAUAUUUUAGCAGUGUAAUGUUGAAUUCCAUCUGCAGUACGGUGUAUUAUGUUAAACUAUUUUGUCUGUAUGUGAAGAUACGUGUUUAUUGCAGGUAUCCUCAGAGUGCACAAAAUGUUAAUACUUACCUCUUGUGGGGUCUAAUUUAAGUAGUAGGCAGAAAUUAGGUGUUGGAAAUCCCAUGGAUCUGAAUAUUCAGAUGUUAGAUAGAGGUCUUCACAGUUCUGCAGCCUGUCUCAGGACCUGUUAGUAGAGAGAGGAGCCACCACCUUUUGGGGGCAGGUGAUGUACUCCAGCAUGGAACCAGGUGGUAGGUAGCAUCUCUUGAGGAACAGCUAAAUUAAGCAACAAGUGGCUUGUCCAUUUCUAAAAGAGUCUUAGAAUACCUGUCAUAAAUUAAAGCAUUACUUGUCAUUGGAAAGCUGGACAGAGUGACCUUAACCAAAAGUAGCUAACAAGGUAUCUUAUUUUAAGGUCCAAACUUUUGGUUCUGUCAGCAACAGAGAAGCAAUAGUUUGGGUUACUUUUUAGGUAAGUAUGAUGUGUCUUUAGGUGCUGGUGGGAUGGAUACCAAGGAACUAGACAUAAAAAAGCCAGAUUCUGCAAGAGUAAUACUCUGACUAGAACAAAUAAACUUUCAGAAGGAGGUUAAAGUGUAAAGGAGUGC